AUGAUAGAGACUAACAUCGGUCGUAAGGAAGUCAAAAUUGUAGAGUCGAUGCUAGAACAAAAUAUGCAGCAGAACUACGAUUUUUCUAGUUAUUUUAGACCCAGCAUUAUAAUGUUGAAACUCUUCGGAUUUUGGAGGCCCGACAGAAAUAUGAAAUUCAAGGGAAUAUACAACUGCUACACGUGCCUCUGCUCCUCAAUUUGGGUGGCAUUUUUAUUAUCGCAGAUAAUCUACAUUAUUAAUAAUAGGAAUGAUGUCCAAGAAAUUACAGCUGCUUUAUCCGUAACAGUGACAUUCACCGUUGACUUGAUAGUAAUGAUGUUCACUUACAAGAACAUGAAUUGCUUGAAAAUACUGAUAAAAGAAAUGAAUAGGCCCCUGUUUCAAGUGAAAUGCCAAAAACAUUAUCAUAUCGCUAAAAAUACCGAAAGGAUGUAUAAAUUAAUGUUUAAAUCUUGUCUUUACUUGGCAACACUAACUGAUGUCUUCGUUAUGGUUGUGCCAUUGAUGGGGAAGGAAAAGAUGUCUUCGGUAAAAGGAUGGUUCCCGUACGACUAUACUAAGCCUUUGUAUUUUAUUUUAUCCUAUAUUUUCCAAAAAUUAGUUUUUAUAUGGAACACAUUCAUAUCUUUUAAUAUUGGUAUGAUAAUUUUAGCUUUAUUGAUUCAAGUUGGGCUGCAGUGUGAUUUGCUUUGCUGUACGUUAGAUUCUUUGGACGAUUUUUAUACGGAAGGUAAUGUCCUUUAUGAAAUCAGUUUGGAGGAUAAGUUAAAACUGACAAAAGAUAGAGAAAUAUUCUCGAAAGAAAUGAUAAAAAAUUUGGUGAUAUGCAUAAAGCAUCAUAGGCAAAUCCUAAGGGUUGUCAAGGAUGUAGAGCGAAUUAGUGGAACUGGUUUAUUUAUUCUUUUUGUUGGAGGAGGGCUGAUUUUGUGUUCAUCCUUAUUCCCAUUAUCUAUUGUUGAGAUUGGAAGCAUAGAAUUCAUCAUGCUACUUUUUUAUUUAAUCUGCAUGCUGGUCGAACAAUUCUGUUAUUGUUGGUUCGGCAAUGAAAUAAUCUUCAAGAGUUCCUUAAUUCUACAAUCGGCUUUCAAUACACCUUGGAUAGGCUGUAACGUCAAGUUCCAGAAAAUCCUGUUGGUGUUCAUGAUGAAUACUAAACCGAUGAGUAUACUCACUGGAGGACUGUUCACAAUGUCUGUGCCGGUUUUCGUCUCAAUACUGCGAACGGCUUACUCUUACUUUACCCUGCUCCAGAAUAUUCAGUGAAACAGUGUGAAA